AUGGUGUUCUUCAACGUAAAACUACUUCCACUACUUGUCAUCCCUUUCAACUCAGUUUGGUCCACAAGUUCAAAUUCAAUAUCUGAAAGCUUACUUCAAUGUCUUUCCACUCACCUAAAGCAUUCUAACUCAAGUAAGGAAAUAAUCUUAACCAGAAAUAGUUCUGCUUAUUCCUCAGUCUGGCAAUCUUCCAUACAGAACCUCAGAUUCUUGAACAAUUCAACGCCAAAACCUGAAGUUAUCGUUACUCCUUUCCAUGAAUCUUAUGUUCAAGCAGCAGUUAUUUGCUCCAAGAAACAUGGCAUACAAAUAAGAUUCCGAAGUGGGGGCCAUGACUACGAGGGCCUAUCUUAUGUAUCAUAUGAUCCUUUCAUCAUCAUUGAUCUCUUCAAUCUUCAGACCAUCCAUAUUGACAUAGAGAAUGAGAGUGCAUGGGUCGCGUCAGGUGCUACACUUGGACAGUUGUGUUACAGCAUUGUGCAAAAGGGUCUAGCAGCUGACAAUGUUAUUGAUGCUAGGAUUGUUGAUGUCAAUGGCAGACUUCUCAGCAGAAAAUCCAUGGGAGAAGAACUCUUCUGGGCUAUCAGAGGAGGAGGAGGCUCAAGCUUUGCAGUCAUUCUGGCAUGGAAACUUAGAUUGGUUCCUGCUCCUCCAUCUGUAACAGUUUGCAAAAUUGAAAAGACCAUGGAAGAAGGUGCAACCAAACUUUUCUCUAAAUGGCAAGUUAUAGCACAAAAGCUCCAUGAAGACCUUUUCUUAUAUUUGGUUGUGGAAGUUGCAAACGAAGCCAGUACAACUGAUGGCAAAACUAUUAAAGUGUCGUUCGAUUCAUUGUUUCUAGGACCCAUUGAGAAGCUUCUCCUUUUGACGCAAGAUAAGUUCCCGGACUUAAGUUUAGACCGCAGCAAUUGCACUAAAAUGAGUUGGAUCCAGUCUGUGAUGCACUUUGCUGGCUUCCCAAUAAGCGAAUCCUUGGAAGCUUUACUGAAGAGGACUCAGCCAUCUAGGAGCUUCUUCAAAGCAAAAUCGGACUAUGUGACGCAACCCAUUUCACAAGCUGGCUUGGAAGGUAUAUGGCAAAGACUACUUGAAGUAGAGACAUCCCUGUUGAUAUUGACACCUUACGGUGGAAGAAUGAGUGAGAUCUCUGAUUCAGAAACUCCUUUCCCACAUAGAAAUGGAAGUAUAUUUGCAAUCCAGUAUUUGGUCACUUGGGAUGAUGACAAGGAAACUGAGAAACAUAUUAGCUGGAUGAGAAAGGUGUAUGCCUACAUGGCAUCACAUGUUUCAAAGUCCCCAAGAGCUGCCUAUUUGAACUAUAGGGAUCUAGACUUGCGGAGGAACCAUGAUGCUAAUACAAGCUAUGCACAAGCAAGCAUUUAG